AUGGAUUACAACUUGCACAAGUCCAAUAGCACCUACUUCUCCGACCUCGAUGUUGCAAGAACUGACCUCCUCGCUGCUCUGCGAGCAGAGGCAAUCCGCGGCGGGCUGUACAAAGAGUACAAGAACGGGGUAAUGGUCUUAUUGGCCGGCACGUCCUGCAUCUUCAAGAAGGAAAUCAAGCCCGGCGCCGCCUUUGACAUGUACAGCCGAAUCCUUACGUGGGACAGGAAGUGGCUGUAUGUCGUGACUCACUUCGCAGAGAAGCGAAAAGGGGCCGAGCCCUACACGUAUCAACCAUGGAAGAGGCUUGACGAAGGAAAGGCCGCCUCAAAACCUCUUGUUGUAUUUGCUACAGCUAUCUCUAAGUGUGUUGUCAAGGCUGGCCGGCUUACGGUGCCGCCCGAGAAGUUCCUCCAGGCAGCGGGAGUUCUUGCAACUAACGGGGGCUCCGAAGAACCGAGCUCUGCUGAAAAGCAUGCGGGCGGGGGAUCAGGUUCGGAGGAUGACGAGAAGUGGACAUGGGCAAGAGUGGAGGAAGAGCGUCUCCGAGCGCUGAGCGCGGCUGAGGGGUUUGCUAAUGGGUUGGAUGCAGCGCAUGCCGAGUUUCAUGCUUUGGGAUGA